GCCAGGCUGCUGCUGGAGAGGGGACGGGCCCCAUGUGGCUGAUGGAGUGCAGGGGGACGGAGCUGUCUCUGCAGGACUGCUGGGCCCAGCCAGGGGACAGCGCUGCCUGCCAGCAUAAGGCAGAUGCGGCUGUGCAUUGCUCAGAUGUCCCUGUCCUGCCCGGAGGUUACCCAGCAGAUGGCUAUGAUGAUGCUGGGGAGGUUUCUGACCCUGGGGAGGAUCCUGUCCCUGGGCAGGGGGACUGGGAAGUGCCCAGGACACCAGAGGAAGGAGAUGGGCGCAGAGAUGCAGCCACAGGGGGAAGCCUGCACUCCCGGAGAAGUGCUGGGGUCCCUGGAGCUGAGGGAGACACCUCGUCACCUUUCCUGGGGACCACGGGCUAUGACGAUGUUGAAGAGGUGUCUCUGGCAUGUCCCCAUGAGGACACCCAGGAUGUGACACCACGAGCCCCAUGCACAAGAGUUCCAGAAGCCCCAGCAGAGUUUUAUCUUCUUACCAUCAUGGCUCAUGACCGCUAUAUGGCCAUCUGCAAACCCCUGCACUACAGGACAAUAAUGGACAGCAGAACCUGUGCCAAAAUGGCAGCAGCUGCCUGCGGCAGUGGUGUUUUCAAUGCUGUGCUGCACACUGCCAAUACCUUUUCCCUCCCACUCUGCCAAGAUGAUGGAAUCGAGUGCACCCUCAGCAAGUUUGCAGAUGACAUCAAGCUGAGUGGUGCGGUCGAAACAGUAGAAGGAAGGGAUGCCAUCCAAGAGGGACCUGGACAGACUGGAGAAGUGAGCCCAUGA